GUUAAGCAGAACUGGGUGGUGGUGAGGCAGAGAACAAAACCACUUGGCACAAGAGCCCACUCAAAGGAAAAAGGACGACAAAAGAAUAUAAGUUCUCACUAUUCUGCUAGUAAACAGUAAUAAACCGGCUAUCGAUAUACAUGAGUCUUGGCAAGAACAGUCUGGAUCUCAUCUAAGAAAAAGACUGCUGGAUCUUCUAUCUGGCCACUACAGGUGUGCUUACAGUACGUUUGCAAUGCCGAUGCUACCACUUUUGGUGCUGCAUUUGCUAAUCCUCCUUCCUGGAAGAAGUUGGAGUGCCUGGAGCAACCCUCGUAGUGACAGCCACGUGUGGUACCACUCUCUUCAGACAGCAGGAGAAAGAUUUGAAGACCAUGUUCUGCUGAUAGAGCUUCUGUUGCAACAACUUGACACCUGGAUGGAAUGGCAAUUGGAGGCUUUUGAUAAGCUACUGAGUGAUCAUAUCAAGAACUUGCAGGAGUGGCUGGAAGAGCAUACCACAGAUCUCAAUGUAUGGCUCAAUCUAUAUUUUUGGACUCUCCAGAAAUUUCAUGACAGAUACAUCAAAGAUUCUGACUAUAUGUUGGGCAGAGACAUCCUACUCCAUGACAACUAUUGGGAUGAAUACAUGAAUAAAGCAGACAUGUGGCUGGAGGAUCCAAAUGUCACCUUGUACAAAUGGUUGGAGGAAGCUCCACCGAUAAUCUACAGAGCUUGGGGGAGGCAAGGUGAUGAUGUGGGCAGUUCUGUGCAAGAAUAUAUUGAAAACCAAACCCAUCACUUAGAAGACCAUGUCAGAAUUCUAGAAGAGUUGUUGGACAACUACACAGCCACUGCUAGUAAGUGGCUGGACGUGCAUGCCACAAUAAAACAUGUAAGAUCCCAGAAAUCCACCCGGAAUUUGCUCCAUGCAGCUCCCCUGGCUGAGAAGCUAGGAAGCACACAAGCUAUAGUAUUUCAAAGGAAGUACCUCAGUGUCAUGGAAUGGGUGGAAGAGCACAUUGAUGCUUUAGAACAGUGGCUGUGGGGCACCACGAAUCAAAGAAAAUUGUAAAGACAUUUUUGGAGUUCUAGAUAUCACUCCUCUCAGCUGAAGUCAUGUGAAUCUUAUCCUGUCAAUUUUACA